AUGGGGUACUACGUUGCGAACUCGCAGGAUCUGACCGCGUCAGGCCCGACUUACCCGACGACUGCGACCUACAACUUCGAGCGCUACGUGUUCGACGCGUUCACCACGCCGCAAAAUCUCGGCAAUAUUUUCUCCUCCACUCAUGCCACCAGGGAGCUUCAAGUGAUGUGGCGAGAUGCAACGGGAGUGCAGCACUCGGCGUUCCUCAAGGCGCGGGAUGGCAAGGAGCAGGGCCGAGGCGCCUCGGGAUUCAUCAAUCGGAUGGUGAUCGACGGCCAAGAAGUGGCCCCUCCUUUUUACCCUGGGAGCUCCAUUUCCGCCGAUGGAGGCUUUAAGCUGCUGCUGGCGGAGACCAGGAGCCGGCCCGGGAGGAUAGAAGACGAGUUCCACCUGAAAAUAGAGGGCGUAGUGGAUCUGGGUGUGACAGCGCGGGUGGCCCAUCCCCUCAUGCAGACUGCAACUGAGGCUCAGGCGCAUUUCAACGUGCACGUCGUGCAACUCAAUCACACGGAGGGCAUUCACGGGGUGUUGGGGCAGACCUUCCGCAGCGAGGAGUCUCGCGCCGUGCGGUCCCUGCGGCACCGCCUGCUCACUCGCCUGCUGCGGGAACCGGUAGACGUGGAGAGCAGUGAGGGGGGCGAUGGGCUACUGGAUGGGCGCGUGGCGGACUAUCUCACCUCGGGGAUCGGUGCCACGGAUUGUGUGUUCUCUGCCGCGUGGAGGAGGGGAGAUCCGGAUAUCUGGAUGGGUGACGAUGGGCUUGAUUUCAUGCGAUAA